AUGAGGGAAGUAAUAACAAUACACAUCGGUCAAGCUGGGUGUCAACUUGGAAACAAAUGUUGGGAAUUAUUUUGCCUUGAACAUGGAAUUCAACCAGAUGGAACAGCUAUUGGAAAUACUAAUGAAAAAAGAUCAGUUAUAACUAGUGAAGGUGAUACUGCUUAUAACGCUUUUUUCCAAGAGCUCCAAAAUGGGAGACAUGUCCCACGUUCAGUUUUUGUUGAUACUGAACCUACUGUAAUUGAUGAAAUUAAAACUGGAGAAUACUCUGGACUUUAUCACCCUGAAAAUUUAAUUUGUGGUAAAGAAGAUGCAUCCUCUAAUUUUGCUAAAGGAAAAACAGGAUAUGAACCAUUACUAAACCAAACUAUGGAUGCUAUUAGAAAGGCUACAGAAAAUUGUACAGGACUUCAAGGAUUUUUCAUUUAUAAUUCAGUUGGUGGAGGAACUGGAAGUGGUUUUACUGCGGCAUUAUGUGAGAAAUUAGCAGAUAAAUAUACAAAAAAGACUAAAUUAAAUACUGUUAUCUGGCCAUCACCAAAACUUUCUAGUGGAGUUGUUGAACCAUAUAACGCUGUGUUAAAUACUCACGCUAUGAUGAAAUUUGUAAAUUGUACUUUUAUGGUUGACAAUGAAUCAAUUUAUAAAAUAUGUCAAAAACAAUUAGGAGUUCAUAGUCCAUCAUAUUUCCAUUUAAAUCAAUUAAUUGCACAAGCCAUGAGUUCUAUUACUGCAUCAUUAAGAUUUGAAGGAACAUUAAAUGUUGAUUUAAAUGAAUUCCCAACUAAUCUUGUUCCAUUCCCAAGAGAUCAUUUUGCUAUGAUGUCAUAUGCACCAAUUGUUACACCAGAAAAAGCUAUUAGACAAACACUAUCAGUUCAAGAACUUACAUCAUCAUUAUUUGAUCCAAAUAGUUUAAUGAUUCAAUUUGAUGAUAUUAAUAAAGGUAAAUUUAUGAGUUGUUGUAUGAUGUAUCGAGGAGAUGUUUCAUCACGUGAAGUUAAUCUUGCUGUUAGUGGAAUUAAGAGACAAAACACAGUUCCAUUUGUUGGAUGGUGUCCAUGUUCAUUUAAAUGUGGUAUUAAUAGUCAACCAGCUACUGCUGUACCAGGUAGUUCAUAUGCUUCUACUGCUAGAAGUGCAUGUAUGAUUGCUAACCAUACAGCUAUGUGCCAGGUAUUCCAAAAAGUAAAUCAAAACUUUGAUUUAAUGUUUGGUAAAAGAGCUUUUGUUCAUCAUUAUGUUGGAGAAGGAAUGGAAGAAAAUGAAUUUACUGAUGCACGACAAGAUUUAUAUGAACUUGAAGUAGAUUAUGCCAAUCUUGCUCUUGAUAACACAGUUGAAGGAGAAUCAAUGACGGCACAAUAA